AAAAUCAGGCCACACGUGACGUGUGUCACUGUCAAGUUGACGUUCAAUUUUGAGGUUAAACUUCUAAAAAGUACUUUUCCGUUGAAACUUCUGUGAUAUCCGUUCGUGAUUUCCUACUAGUAUUAAAAUGUGGGUAUUUGGUUAUGGGUCCCUAAUCUGGAAAGUGGACUUUCCCUAUGAAGAAAAAAUCGUGGGCUACAUAAAAAACUUCCAAAGGCGCUUUUACCAGCACAGCACUGACCACCGUGGGAUCCCCGGCAAGCCAGGCCGAGUUGUGACCUUGGUGCCAGGUGAUGCAACAGACCGUGUUUACGGAGUCGCGUAUAAAAUCAGCGAUCAGGAGAAAGACUCGGUAGUCAAGCACCUCGAUUAUAGGGAAAAAGGCGGCUAUGUGCGAACUCCAGUCCUAUUUUACCCCAAAGAUAAAGACAAGCAACCGUUCGAAAUAAUUAUUUAUGUAGCAAAUGACGAUAAUCCGCAGUACGCCGGGCCUGCGGACGCCGACAGCAUCGCCAAUCAAGUAGUCAAGUCUGUGGGCCCCAGUGGCACGAACAUUGAAUACGUCUUCAACCUAGCCAAAGCCAUGAGAGACAUCGCCCCGGAAGUGCACGACGAACAUUUGUUCACCAUCGAGCGAAAAGUGCAAAAUUUACUCAAAUUCAACACUCCCGAGUCGUUCUCUAGAUCACUUAACUGAAUUAAUGAAAUUAUUUUUCUAUUUUUAGCUCUAAUUUCAAAUCGAAUUUGCGCCAGCGUAACACUUUUUUGUAAAAAUUUUACGGAAACAUUUAUAUUUAAGAGAUAAAGAAAAAAAUACAUCUGAAGGGAAGUGUAUAAAAGGCACAUAUUCUUGGCUCCGUUUUUUUUUUUUGAGAAAAUAAUUUUGGUCAAAACCGCAUCCCGGUGUCGUCUUUUGUUUUCGACUUAUAAACAAAAGUUGUCAUUUUAGGUUUUAGGUAUCAUAGGCGGCUGUGAUAUUUUUAAAAAGCUUAUUUUUUUCUGAUGAUGUUUAUUUGUGUAAUACAUUAUUUUUAAAUAUUAAAAAAAACAACAGUUCAUUUUUUCUUCAUAGUAGGCCAUGAAAAAAUUUUGGAUUUUCAAUUAAAACUGAAGAAUUACCCAACAAGUAUUUAUAAUUUAAUGAUUUUUUUAAACACUAAUUAAUUCACAAACAGCAUAGUAAAUUAUUAUUAGAUCAAAUUUUUGCGAUUAAUAAAAAUUAUUUGUUUUUAGAGUUAAAAUGGCAAGCGUACAUUGUAAUUCUAUUUUCUAAAAAUCCCAUAUGCGGUAAAAAAUACAUAACAUUAUCAACGUCACCUCUAUUGUACUUCACUAAAUUAAAUAAAAUAAAAUGAUUAAAAAAAAUUAUUAAAAGUAUCAUCAAAUGGUAGUGACAUCGUUUUCAAUUUUCUGCACAUUUUUAUGUAAUUAAUGUAAUUUUAUGUAAUAAUUUAAUCUGCGACGAUCGUAUAUUUGUUUAAUUGGAAAUAACUUAAACAUAGCUUAUUUUGAUAAUUUCAUAUUUUUUACUUUAAUAACCGUUCACAAAAUUCACGUUUUAUGUGAAAUAAUUUUUCCAUGGCCAACUACUUUCAAAAAUUUUAAAUAUAUUUUUUAUGGUUAUUUACCAUAAAAGUUUUGUGACUUCUUCUAUAUACAAUGUAUUAUUGUCCUUUUUUUUUCUGUCAUACGAAUAUAUAUAUAUAUAUAUAUAUAUAUAUAUAUAUAUAUAAAAAGUAUAAAAAUACCAAGCUGUAUUUAUAUUGUUUUCAGCUCAGAAAAAAAUAAUCAUAGCCAACUAUGAUUUUCGUCGCCCAACCUUGGUUUUUCAAAAUAUUUUUUAUUUUAAAAAUGUUUAAUUAUUUUUUCAAAAAUAAUUUGUUACGUUGACACAAAUUUAAUUAUAUUAUGAUAAAAAAAAGAUAAUAGAAAAAUAAAUUCCGCGCCAUCUGACGGCUUAGAAACACUAAAACGUGUUCCCGUCAAUCUUAAUACAAAUUGUUAGGAGCAUCAAUUUAUUGCAACUUUACAUACAAUUAAGUUUAUUGCUUCAUUACGAAUAAAGCAUUAAUUGGACGCUCUAGUUUCGUACAAAUCAAUCUCAAAGUACCUCAAAAUCACAGUUAACUAUCAAUAAAUGCAGUUACUUCUAGCAUCUAUUUACAACAAGAACGAUGUCAAGUAACGCGAAGCAACGACUACACAUUAAGUACAAUUUGUUAAUUAACUAGGCCAGAAUGCUCCACAAGGAAUGUAAUUUUAAUAAAAUCUAAAUCAAUUAA